CACCAACAAUAAUAGACAGUAGCUAUUGAUUUGAACUUGCUUUAGAAGCAUGGCUGCUGGACCUAGAACUCCAUCUGAUUCAUCUUGUUGCACAGAUGUCAGUGAUCCUCUCUAUGAAGAGCUCUGGCAUGCCUGUGCUGGCCCCCGUGUUACCGUGCCAAGGAUUGGAGAAAGGGUGUUUUACUUCCCCCAGGGUCAUAUAGAGCAGGUUGAAGCAUCCACGAACCAGGAAGCUGAGAAACAGUUGCCUUUAUAUGAUCUGCCUUCCAAAAUUCUUUGCCGGGUGAAGAAUAUGUUGCUGCAGGCUGAACCAGACACAGAUGAAGUUUUUGCUAAUGUUAGUUUGGUUCCCGAGGCAGAGCAGGAUGAGUGCUCCACUGAUAUGGAUCCUCCUCCUCCACCGCCUGCAAGGCCUUCUGUACAUUCAUUUUGUAAGACUCUCACUGCUUCUGACACAACCAAUGGUGGGUUUUUGUGUUUUCCCAAGAAAUAUGCUGAGGAAUGCCUUGGACCUCUGGACAUGAGUCAACAACCUCCCACUCAAGAAAUAGUUGCCAGAGAUCUACAUGGAAAUAAUUGGAGUUUCCGGCACAUCUAUCGUGGUGGGGCAAGGACUCAUUUGCUGUCAACUGGGUGGAAUGCCUUUGUUAGAUCCAAAAGGCUUCUGCCAGGAGAUGCGUUCAUCUUCUUGAGGGGUGAAAAUGGCCAACUACGUGUAGGGAUUAGGCGUGCCAUGGGUCAGCACAGUAACAUUCCAUCCUCAGUUAUGUCCAGUCACAGCAUGCAGCUUGGUGUUCUUGCUACUGCGUCACAUGCAAUUUCAACAAGGACUGUGUUUAGUGUCUUGUACAAGCCAAGAACCGGCCCCUCAGAAUUCAUAAUUCCUUAUGAUCAAUACAUGGAGGCCAUGAGCAGUAAUUUGUCAGUUGGCAUGAGAUUCAAGAUGAGAUUUGAGGAAGAAGCAGCCCCAGAGCAACGAUCUACUGGUACUAUCAUUAAAAUAGGUGAUUCUGAUCCCAUGAGGUGGCCGGAUUCAAAGUGGAGAUGCCUUAAGGUGCAAUGGGAUGCAAUAAUAACAUCAGCUAUUCCACGAGCAGAGAGGGUCUCACCAUGGAAAAUAGAACCUGCCUUGACGCCUUCAAAAAUUAAUCCUUCACAAACAGCCAAAAAGAAGAGGCCCCGGCCAAAUAUACUGCCUUCCAAUCAAGAUUUGUCACUUAACGAUAAGGCAUCAAUUGAUUUUACUCAGUUGCAAAGAUUUGAUACAAGGGUCUUGCAAGGUCAGGAUGUUAUGACCUUGGGAGGAUCUUUGGGUGAAAAUGAAGUUGACAAUGUUCCAAGGAAAGUUGUGUGUGUGCCAAAACUAGAUGAUGUCAAAACCAAAGUUGUAUGCUCUCAGGGAAGAUUGACUUCUGAAAGUUGGAUCCCACUGCAAAGGCAUGACUCAGUAUAUAGGGGAUGUUUUCCCAGUUUUCAGGGCAUUGGUGUAAUGCAAGAGCUGUGUGGGCCAUAUACUAAUCGUAUUGUUGAAAAUUCACAAGGAAUGAAGGUUUCCAGAAACCCACUUGAGGAACUCAGUGAGUCUAAUCAGAAGCAAUAUCUGACCUUAAUGGCACCAUCUCGCAAACCAAGUGGAAAUAUGAGGUGGAAUGGCUUCAAUGGGUACCCAAAUUUAUCAAACAUGGGAAUGGAAGCGUUGGGAAAAUGGAAAAUGCAUAUGAUGCCGUGCCAUUCAGAAGUUUCAGGGGGAAAUGAUAGUGUGAGCAAAAAUUUAUUGAGAAACAUGCAAGCUAAUAAACAGGGAACGAAAGAGCAUCAGCCUGGUUCUGUUUCAAGGGAAGCUUCUAAAGAUAAGGGAGUUGAAGUCAUUUCACUCCUUGCAAACAAUAAUUGCAAAUUAUCCGGUCUUCAUUUGACUGACAUUUUCUCAGGCAGUAAGCCAAAUCCAUCAAAAAAUAGAGUUUCUGUCAACGAGGAAGACCUACAAGUUUCUGCUCAUACCCAAAAAGAAUUUCUUUUACAAUUCUCUGAGGUUGACCAACGGUUGGAGCCAACAAGGCUGAUCAGGUCUGAUACAUCUGCUAUUAGCUGUGAGCAAGAAACAGCAUCUUGGAGACCAUUACAAGAAACACAGUCCAGAGCUGAGAUAAAUACUACAAGGAGCUGUACUAAGGUACAUAAGCAGGGUAGUGCUCUUGGGCGAGCUCUAGAUCUUAAAAAAUUUGAAGGAUACAAAGAGCUCAUCCAUGAGCUUGAUUUGAUGUUCAAUUUUAAAGGACAACUGGAGGAUCCAAGAAAAGGCUGGCAAGUUGUCUACACAGAUGAUGAGGGAGAUAUGAUGCUUGUAGGAGAUGAUCCCUGGCAGGAGUUUUGCAGUGUUGUCCGUAAGAUUUUUAUAUAUACUCGAGAGGAGGUUGAGAAAAUGACCCCAAGGAGCUUGGAGCUCAAGAGAAAGUUUGAAGAACCGAUCAGUAGCGAUAUCUCUACUCUUGCAGCCACUAAUGCUCGACACACAUAAUGAGUCAAUUCUAAUAUGAGUUGGUUCCUGUCACUGGACUACGAAUGAUAAUUUUUCUACGGCAUGUUGUCAAGGCUGGCUGAGAAUUUUGAUGACUUUGUAAGAAUGUGCUUUUGUAUGCCAUAUAUAAAUUUUGGUGGUUUUGACAGUUUUGAAGUAAUUUAGAUAGCAGAAUUUUGUGAAUUAUAUUUAGACGUAUUAGCAGGUGGAACUGAUGUAGCCCACGAUUGCUGGUACUCUUCCUAACUUUCCAAACAGAGAUCAUAAUGACAGCAAGUAAUCUGGUA